CCGUUUGCAACGAAGAAUAUACGACGUGUGUUAGAAAAAAACAUCCUUUGGGAUAAAGCUACUAUAUAUAGCUGCUGUUCGGUUUGAUAUGAGAAUAGUUUCGAAUCAUCACUUCUUCAAGCAUCAAGCCUAAAACAAAAAUGAAAUUCUUCAUCGUUGCUCUGGCCUUGUUUGCCGUGGCUGUUGCCAAGCCACAGGACGACAAAUACACCACCAAGUACGACAGCAUCGAUACCGAUGAGAUCCUGCAGUCGGAACGUUUGUUCAAGAACUAUUUUAACUGCUUGUUGGAUAAUGGACCGUGCACUGCGGAAGGUAACGAAUUGAAGCGAGUCCUGCCCGAAGCUCUGGAGAACGACUGCGCCAAGUGUAGCGAGAAGCAGCAGACGACAAGCACCAAAGUCAUCAAGUACCUGACCGAGAACAAGCCAGAGGAAUGGAAGGCUCUGAAGGCCAAGUACGAUCCAGACAACAAGUACGUCCAGAAGUACGCCGAUAAAGAUGGAAUCAAGCUGUAAAUCGAAAGUGAAACUGUUAUAAGGAACAAACUGGCAUAGAUUGGAAAUUCUGCACACCGUUUUCAUUUAAAAUGUUUUUGUUUUUCGCCAUGAUUGAAAUUCUGAUGAAACCUCAACCAGCUGUGACAAUAAAUAUAUUUGAGA